CAAGUUCAUUCUUUCUUUAGAAAGCUAUAUGUUAAAUUUAAAAGACGAUGCCACUUCCUUCACCUCCUCAUUGACUCGUUACUCGUCCAUCGCUCGAGGAAGAACACGACGGAUCCUGAUCGACGGCUGCAAUUCUCGUAAACAUUUUUAUGGCCGCCCCAUCUGCACCAGCUUCCAUUCAGAAAUCAGAGGAAGAAUGGCAAGCUAUACUCUCUCCGGAACAGUUUCGGAUUCUUCGCCAGAAAGGAACUGAGCCUCGUGGCACUGGGAAAUACGACAAGUUUUAUGAAGAAGGAAUAUACCACUGUGCAGGCUGUGGAACCCCACUUUAUAAGUCAAGCACCAAAUUCAAUUCUGGCUGCGGCUGGCCUGCUUUCUUUGAGGGUUUUCCUGGAGCAAUUAAUCGCUUUCCGGACCCUGAUGGAAGGAGAACUGAGAUAACAUGUGCUGCAUGUGGUGGGCAUUUGGGUCACGUUUUUAAAGGCGAAGGGUUCGGGACACCUACUGAUGAACGUCAUUGUGUCAACAGCAUUUCAGUCAAGUUUGCUCCUGCUAAUGCUUCACAGUGAAGCCUCUCAGAGGCAGUCAUAACCUCAGUAUGUAUUGUAGAAUUGUUUUGGCAAAUGAUUGAUAUGUUCAGCAGUAUGUUGCUAAUAAAGACGUGAAGUUAAGCAUGAAUAUUCUUACUUUAUGGCUGCAUCUUAAACUUAUUAGUAACUUCUUCUAGUCUUCUAAAACCGUUAAUUCUAUAAGAUUUGCUCACCAAAAUGGUUUUUGUCUGUGA